AUGUAAUCCUUAAGUCAUUUGGAAUCUAGAUUAAGUAGUAUGUAGGAUUUCAAUAAAUUAAAGGAUCCUCAGUCAUUAUUAGAGGAGGAGUUUAAUAAAUAGGAGAUAUUUAAAAAAUAAAUAAGUGAUCAAAACUCAUAAUUCAAUUUAAUUUAUCAGGAAAUAAGGAAUAACAACAUUUACAAAUAAAAAAUAUAUUAGAAAUUGAUUCAACAUGAGAAUGAAGUAAAACCAAUUAUUAUAGAGAAAGAGGAUAAGCUUUAAUAAAAUGUUAGUAAAUUUGAUGAAUCAUAAUCAAUUUCAAGUUUAGAGACAACAAAAUAAUUAUAAAUUUCUAUAGAUGAAUUAAUCAAGUCUAUAAAUAAGAAAAAAUAAUAGAUUUAUCCUAUGGAACAUUAGAUGUAACUGUUGAAAUAUUAAUAAAAAUAAGCUGAAGAUGAAUUAAUUCUAGCUGAAUUUGAAAUGCUUAGAUCCAAAUAAUCAUUACAAUCAAUGAAAACUAAAAUUUAAAGAUUAUAGAAUAGAAGAAAUCAAUAUUUGUAAGAGUUAAUGGAUCAAAAUGACAUUCAUAGGGCAAGCACUGAAGAAUAGAAGAAGGAAUAUUAAGCAAUCUAAGAUCAUAUAAAUGAAUUAAAAAUAUAAAUCCAUGAUUAGAAAUCUUAAAUUGAAGAUCUAAAAUAAUAAGAGAGAUUGAAAUGGGAAUCAAGUGGCAAUUAAAUGAUAAUAAUAAAAAACUAUUUAGCAAUGACAAAGUUAUAUGAAUUUUGUACCAAUUAAACCUAAAAGAUUGAUAUAAGUUAAGAUUCUAAAAUAGAAAAUGACGAAUCUGAAGAUUUGAUUAUAGAAUCAUCAGAGAAUUCCUUUUUAGAUGAUGGAGGAGUGUUUUAAACACAAAUAAAGUAAACUUCUCUGAAAUCUAAGUAAUCAAUAAGAUCUAUUAAUUCAAUUAAAAAGAAUUAGAAAAAAGCAAUAAAUUAUUAAUAAUCUUUACAAAAUUUUAUAACUGCAAAAGAAUUAAUAUCAUAAGUAAAAUUGAAUGUAGAUAUAAAUAUAAUUGAAGAGAUAAUUCUAAAAGCAUAUGAAGAAUAGACAAAUUUAUAAAGACAAUUAGCUGAAUAGCAUACAUUUUUAAUUGAAUAGAAAUGUGAAUGUGUUAGAGAGUAUAAUAAUAUAUAAUGGAAGGUAAAUUUUAUUGAAAUACUUAGUUUUAACUAGAUGACGAAGGUAAUAAAGAGAGAAUAAUAAAAUGUUCAAAACCUUCAAAUGAUAAUUUUAAUUAGAAUGUAAUUACAUCAAAUAUAGCUCAAUCUAGUGUGACUAAUAAAUUAAAAAUAAUUUAAACAAUAAGUAGAAGAUAAUAAAUGGAAGAGUUAUUUUUAUGUAUGAAUAAUAGGGCCAGUAUUUUCUUAUAGAGAAUAAUAAAUAUACUUUAUAAUAUAGCAUAAAGGAGUGAAAUAUUGAGCUAAGAUAUGAUUGAGAAAUAUUAAUAGGCUUAGAUAACUUUAACAUUCUUAAAAUAAAAUUAAUAACAAUCUUAGAUACAUUUGGAUGAUUAUCCAGAGUUUAAGAAAUUAAAAAAAUCUCAUAAUAUAACAAUAUUAUAUAAUGACACUUAAAUAUUUAAUGAAUUUAAAUAAUAUUGUUAAUUAAUAACAGAAAAUGAAAUUGAUGACAAAGUAUUAUCAGAUAAUUUUGAUGCUUUUGUUUAAUUAUGUUUAAAUAGAAUAGCAUCUGAAAGUUAAUGCAUUUAUGAAUAGAUAGCAUUGAUUUGUAAUCAAAUAAAGACCGAAACAUAGUAGUUAAGUCAUUUUUGUCAUUUAUCCUCGAAUGAAUAAACACCUUUGCCUCACAUUGUCUAAAUGACUUAUAAUAUGGCAGCAGAGAAGUUGUAGAAUUACACUGACUCCAAAAUCAGCGAUCCUAAUAUUACUGCGAAAAGAAAGCAAUUGGCGUAUUAGAAUUGGUAUACAUUUUAGACGAAGAUCUUUAUUGUUGGAUGAGAGAAACUCUUAGUUAGGAGAAGUGAAUGAAGAAAAUUAUGAAUAAUAUUACAGUUAGAUAAAAACUGACAUAGAGAAUCCUUAGAUAAAAAGAGAUGUUUAGACAGAAUCUACUAUGGUUGCAAAGACUAGUUUACUUUAUGAUAAUUCAACUCCUAGAACUGAAUUCAUUAAAUAAAAUAGAUAAUUAACAUUAUCUUUGAAUAGAAUCCAAUCAUGUAAUAUUUGAUACUUCUAUUUAGUGAGUCAUAUUUAUCAUCAGAUUAAUAAUCAAGAAUUCAGUAAUAAUUUUAAACAUAAAAUACAUAGAGAAUAAAAAACUAUUCAAUAUUUAACUAAUCAUAGUACAUAGACUAGACCAGGAAGUAAUAGUUUAGCAAUGAUGUCAACAUACAGAUAGGAAUGCAGAACAGAACAUAAUAAUAAUAAUAAUGAUGAUAAAUCUAAGACUUUUAAAUAGAUAAAGAGUAAAUCCUAAACAUCUAAAGUUAUAUUAAAUGAAGCCAAAAAAUAAAUGCAAAAAAUAAAAACAAUUAAUAAAUUAUAAUUUAACAAAUGA